GACAAAUCAGAGGGAGCUGCGGCACCUUGGUCCAAGCUUCCUAGUGUUGACCUCAGCCAAAAAAUAAUAACGAACCCCAUGAAUUGAAUUGCGCUAAUCGCCGAAACAGACAAAACUUCAUUUCGGGGUGAUCUCACCAAUUUACACGCAAUUCACACCAUAUUUCUAUCAUUUCCACGGUCAUAUCAUUACUCAGACCUCACCCUACGGCCGGCUGCAGCCCCCAUCCGCGAGUGCGUCAAUCUCAACGUCUAUCUACGAGCGCAACCCCUAACCUCCACCCUCAGCACAGACUCCUACGAACCAUGGCAGAAACGACAUUGCAUAAUGCACCUAUAGUGCUUGACAAUGGCAGUGGGACGAUACGAGCUGGGUUCGCGGGCGAGGAUCUUCCAAAAUGCUAUUUCCCCUCCUUCGUCGGUAGACCAAAACACCUCCGAGUCCUCGCCGGCGCGUUGGAGGGCGACGUAUUUAUUGGACAAAGAGCUCAAGAGCUACGAGGUCUCCUAAAAAUUCGAUACCCCCUUGAGCACGGAAUUGUGACGGAUUGGGAUGACAUGGAGAAGAUUUGGCAGUGGGUUUAUGAGGGGGAAUUGAAGACGUUGAGCGAAGAGCAUCCCGUCCUCUUGACCGAGCCCCCGCUGAAUCCACGGACAAACCGAGACACGGCCGCCCAGAUCCUAUUUGAGCAAUUUAAUAUACCCGCCCUUUACACGUCUAUUCAGGCGGUGCUGUCACUCUAUGCUUCGGGUCGAACAACAGGAAUUGUGUUAGAUUCUGGGGAUGGUGUUUCUCAUGCGGUUCCCGUCUAUGAGGGCUUCGCUAUGCCAAGUAGCAUAAGAAGAAUUGACGUUGCGGGCCGUGAUGUUACAGAGUACUUACAGUUGCUCCUGCGGAAAAAUGGCUAUGUGUUCCAUACGAGUGCUGAGAAAGAGGUGGUCAGAAUGAUCAAAGAGAAGACGGGAUAUGUGGCCUUGGAUCCAAAGAGAGAGGAAAAAGACUGGUCGACAAACGUCUCGAAGGUGGACUCUAAAACUCAGGAAUAUACUCUUCCGGACGGGCACAAACUGAAGGUUGGAGCGGAACGGUUUCGAGCUCCCGAAAUUCUUUUCGAUCCUGAAAUUAUUGGUCUUGAAUAUCCUGGCGUUCAUCAAAUCGUCGUCGAUGCGAUCAAUCGGACCGAUAUGGACCUGCGCAAGGCGCUCUUCGGCAAUAUUGUCCUUUCUGGCGGUUCAACUCUAUGUCGAGGCUUCGGAGAUAGAUUGCUACAUGAAGUUCAAAGAUUGGCUGUUAAGGACAUGAGAAUCAAGAUUUUUGCUCCCCCAGAACGGAAAUACAGUACAUGGAUUGGAGGCAGUAUCCUGGCUGGUCUAAGCACUUUCAGAAAGAUGUGGGUCAGCAUCGACGAUUGGCACGAGAAUCCGGAUAUAAUUCACACAAAAUUCAAUUAGAGAAAAGAAAUUUAAGGAUGUUCUGCACUGUCAUGUCAACAACAUUCAUCAUUCCUCGCUGGACGAGUCAUAUUUGUGGAUACGAUACCCUCGGAGUAACUGCGCGGAAAAAGGGCCCAGGAAUGAGAUAAGGAAGAAGGAGACGGAGAAGAAGCACUUGCCCAUGUAUGUACAGUAUCAUACAUCCAUUUCUCAUCCUGCAUUUCAACUCUUUUACUCACACUCUGUUCUCUUUCUCUCAUUUUUUUCUUUUACCCUCUCUCGACGUCAUUAUGGCUGCUCAGCGUUACCGUACUACGAUAAUUAUUUUGGCCCUCCUUCUUCCCUCUCUUUCCUCGUUUUAUCGAAAUCUAGCACCGGGCCAUGGAAGCGGAUAUGCACUGCCAUUUCAGGCCUGAGGGGUUUCCUGGGUGAUACCUAGUUUCCCGCUUCUACCCACAUUGGCAUGUCUUUCUUAAUCACAGUAUUCAAGCGUAUCCCUGCCUUCCUACCCUGCAUUAUAUCCACGCUUUGAUGGUCUUGUUUCUCUGGGAUAAAUUAAUCUUUCCUCAACGUUCGAGUCUACCGCUUUCUAUGUUCAUUUAAAUUUCCAACCCAUUUUCUUUCUUUUACUUCCUAUUUCCCUUUUUUGCUUUGUCUUAACUUAUUCGUCAGAUUCCCAAGCAAAUUUCUCUCUAUCCUGUAUAUAGAUUUUUCCUUUUUCUCACUACUAGUUACAUGUUUCGAGCCGACUCGGCUGCUUUGUUUUAAUGAUUUCAUCAGAAGAAUCUAGGCCUUUUUUUUUAUUGAAGAGUAGCAAAGAAGAAGAAUAUACUAAUCAGGAAAUUCGUUCGUUGAAAUUACUUCAUACGACGGGGAGGUCAAGUUUGGAGAUUUUCUGCGAACAAUUAUUAAAAAUUGGGGUUCCAGGCCCAAAUGCAAAACGAGCUCACCGAGCCACACGAUUGCCCCGAUCCUUGGAAGCUUUCUGGCUUGUGUAUCACGAAUGAACUUUUUGGAUAUUUUUCAAGCAAGUUCAGUUUUAAGAGGGGGAAUAAAAAACAAGGGGGAAUAAAAACAAGGGUAAAAAGUAAAUAGUAUAAGUUCCAACCCCUACGAGGUUUGGAUUGGCUAUGCUUCCCAAGUCGCCACAUUGUACGGACGUAGGGAGAGAAGAGAAAAGAAAAAAAGAAAAAAAAAAUUUAAAACAAAAA